AUGUGACAGUCUUACCCUAACCUCAAAAUUCUUUUUAAAAUCAAAAAUGGACUUCAAAUAUUUAAAGACUGAAAUAACUAGAGGAGUAGCAUGUUUAGUUUUUCUUUAGGUUGACUGUUUUAAAUUAAGCUCCAAAAUCAAAAGUGAAAAUGAAAACCAAGCCGGGAUACCUUUCUACAGCGUCCUUUAAGAAAGAGCAUAAGAGAUUAUCGUCUCUCGUACCGUAUAUUCUCUUAUCAAUCAUUGCAUUAGUGGUUUCAAUAGUUAUCGUCAGUGAUCUACAUUGGGAAGAACAUGUUUCAAUCAACAGGGGAUUUGUAAUAUUUUUUAGCGGACUAGUAUUUUUUCCAUCCCUAUAUCUUGCUCUAGUUAAUACUAUUCUAUACACCAACUCAGGAAGAAGGAUUAUCAAGACUUAUAAAUUAAACUAUAGUGAUGUCUAUGACAUUAGUAACAAGCAUGUUUCAGCCGUUCAAGCGUUAUUUUGUUGCAUUACGGGCAUUACAGCCAUUUGUUACAGUUGUAACCGUAAUGUACUCAGAACAUCUCACUACAUUUCAGAGGCUUACGCCUGGUUCGGCGCCGCAUAUUUUUUCUACGACAUUUGGUCCAUGUACAAGGUCUAUAGUGCGAAGCUUAGCAGUGAUCAUAUGAACGGAGAUGUGAAAGAAAAGAAAAAGAUGUUUCUAAACGUUUCCAAGUGGAUUAGGUAUUUAAAGAAUAAUUUUGUUAUUGUUGGGCAUCACAUAUUUAUAGGCUGUUUUGGAUUUUUAGUGAUAACGUAUUUAAGGGGUGGUUUGGGAGAUUGCUUCUUUGGGUUUGUGUACUUGAUGGAAGCAAGCACUCCAUUCGUAUCCCUUAGAGGAGUACUAUCAAAAAUAGGAAUGAAAAAUUCCCCAAUGUACGUUAUAAAUGGACUGGUGAUGCUAGCUGUGUUUUUCAUAUGUAGAAUAGCCAUGUUUCCCUAUGUAAUUUACAUGUAUGCAGAGUCCAUUAAAGUAGAUUUUAUGUCAGCGGUCUAUACAUUACCAAGAGGAUGUAUAAUAAGUAUAAUGGUGUUAUUACUGCCCCAAUUAUACUGGUUUUACUUGAUGGUAACAGGAGCUACGAAAGUUCUAAGACGGCCAGUUGUCAACAAUAAUAACACGAAAAAUUUGAAGGGUAAAUAGAUAAUUUCGGUAACAUUGUGUUUUGAGGUUGAUGUUAGAAAAGAAGAUGGUUGUGAAAUAAUGUAGAGUUUAAGAAAAAGUCAGUCCUGAGCAACUAUUUAUUUUUAUAGGUAUAAUUAUUGUGUAAGAUUUAUUUAAGCAUUUAUUGUAGAUUGAUUGAAAUAUUAACGUAAAAAGGGGGAAUCCCUCUAAUUGGCUGUAUACCAUAGUAAAAAUUACAUAAGAAGUAAAAAUGUCUUCCUUUGUAGAUGACAUAAAUUUUUAUUAAAAACAAUUUUAAUAAAAAAAAUUAUAUACCGUCUACAAAGGAAGUCUUUUUUACUUCUUAAGUAAUUGAAAUAUGAUUUUGCAUAUUAACACAAUUUUAUUAGACAUACAUGGAAAAAGUGAUAUUGUGUAGCCAACACAAAAUGAUACGAGAAAUCUGAAUAUGUAGUCUUUUUUAUUAUCGGACCUUAAUAGUUCUGAUCAACAUUAGAACAUUUUUUAGUUUUUGCAAUAUAAUGUAUAGGUUCAUAAAUUAUAAUAUCUUGGUUUUCUAAGUGCGUGCCUUAACCACCUAUAUGUUCUUGACAAAUAUUACAAUUCUCAAUGCCAUAGUAAUUCUGUAUUUUCAAAAUGCUGUCAUUUGUCCUACUUCAUUAUAUUUCCUUUGGCUACUACAUAUAGUCCGUAUAUUAUAAAUACCGUUGCGCCAUUCGCAUCAAGUGACAUCACAUGAUCCACCACGAAAUAUUUAAGUCGUAGAUGUGUUCCUUUUUAGAAUCGUUUAGCCGAGUACACUGGAAUUGCAGUCACUAGACUUAUUUUAUUAUAUACACAUAGCAACAAUAUUUGAAGAUUCCUAUAAACGUAAAUUUAAAGAAACAUACCCGAACUUGUUUCAUUUAAUUUGUAUAAGUGGAAUAUAAAGAGUUUUUGUAAAGCACACUUGUUCGGAUUGGACACUAACUGCGAUCGAACAAACUGCUCUAAAUGCAGUGACAUUUUGGCAUAAAUUGGUAACACUUAUUUGACAGUUGCGGUAUUGAAACUUCAGAUUUGUUUCUAUUAUUUACUAUAAGUAUUUGUUUUAAUAUAUUUAUUGCUUUUAUUAUUUACUUUAACGUAAGAUUAUAACUUUCUUGUUUUCAAUUUCUAAUGUUUUAUUUAUUUACAUUGAAUAUUAAUUUGCUUUGCUGUAUCAGCCACUUCCUCAAUAAUUAUGUGAUAUGAUUUAAAAUGAAUUCAAGAAUUUUUUGUAAUUGGGCAACAAUGUCAACUUAGAUCUCUGACGUAGAUAAUGACGUGCAACGGUAUCUAUAUUGUACAGACCAUACCUAGUAUAUAGUAAUUUUCAGUCGUAAAUUUAUAAACGUCUCAAACACGUCGGUCAUUAGUCUCGGCCUUAACUAGUGAAACAAAAAUUUUUUUGCAAAAAUUAUUCUUUAUUCAUCAAAAUAAUCUCCUUUAGCGGCGUUACAAUCAUUCCAACACUUUUCUAAUUUUGCGAUACCUCCCUUGUAAAACGAUUUGCCACGGAUCAUUUUUUAAGAUCGGAAGACUUCAAAGUCCAAGUCAUUCAUUUUUGCCAUCGUUUUCACCGACUUGCGACACGGGUCGUGCAUGGUCUUGGUAAAACAACAAUUUUUUCUUCAACAAAUGAGGCCUUUUCUGUGCGAUUUCGGUCGUAUGCUCUAAUAAGCCAAUACAUAUAAUAGUCGUUGUUGAUUUUUUCCUCCAUGUUAAUACUUAUAGUUACGAACGGUGGAUGUUUCGGAGUGGCGCCGUUACGAAUUGGCAGCGUUACGAACUGUCGCGUUACGAGAUGUCGCGGAAUUAUUCUAAUAAGUCCGAAUAUAUUUUGGCGGCACCUUUGCAUGAUUGUAACAAUAUUUUUUGAUUUUUUAUACCGAUAAAAUAAUGUGUUGCUCUCAAACAUUACGAAACGGGUGUAGCACAUUUAUAUCUUUACUUGUAUUUGGAUGAUAGAUUUUUAAAUCUGCUCCGCUCUUUUCCGCUCAUGUAUCUUCAAAUCUCCCUAUACAAUAUUUUUAAACUUGUACUCAAUAUUUCAAAACGUAUAAAACCCAUUACUAUUUUUUACCUAUGUACAUGUUUCAAAAAUAUUGUGUGAAAUGUAAUAUACUUGCUUUUAGAAGAGUUUGAUUACCAAAGAGUAAAUCGUAAGGUUUAAAGAUACAUGUGUAUAUGUUCAAUAUUACACCAUGUUAAUGUUUUGUCACGUCAUUAUUUUGUUGAGAUUAAGUGCAGGUCUUGAUUCUAUAAAAAAUCCGAAUUUACUCUGCCAUUCACACAGUAGUUCAAUUUAAAUUCUUUAACAAAAUUUACAGUACUUAUUAGUUAACUUAAUUUUACUAUGUAUGAGAUCAGGUAAAAGCUGAACAGCCUAUUAAACACUGCUCGUCAGAUAAGACGGGCACCCCACAAAAUAGGUCAUUUUUGAUGUCUCGAAUUUCCUAAACCUAUUGUCCGAUUUAAGUGACUUUUUUAAUAUGUUAUAGUCUUAUUCUUUAAGAAUAUCGUUGUAAUAAUAUAGUUUUUUUUAUUCAAAACAAAGCCGCGUCCUCCCGAAGGAUAUUAGCGACAUAACAGUUGUAAUUUACAAUGUAUACACAUAUUAGUAAUAUGCAAUGGUAAUACCUAGUACUUACAUGAUUAAAUUUUGUACAACAUAUUGAUACAAGAUAUAUUUAUAACCUUUUAGUUUUCUGUAAACAAAGUUCUUUUCCAGUAUCGUUUGCAAGCUGUUCGAGAUCCUAUAUAGACGUCUUUCAAUAGUAUAUUUAGGACAAUCAAUUAAGAAAUGAUUUGUACUGUCUGUUACAUUACAAACGGAACAUUUUGGAGCUUCGCUGUUUGUAAAUAGGUGUGCGUGUGUAUACCUACUAUGGCCUAGUCUCAGACGUGUUGAGAUUAUUUGGGAUUUUCUGCUUAUUGCUGUCGGUUGCCACUGAGAAAUGUCACUUUUAAUCAGUUUUAGUUUCGAAACAGAAUUUUGCCACUCCCGGUUCCACGCACUUAACAAUUUAUUUUUGAAAAAGGCUUUAAAUUGCUAGCCACACUCCGAUAUUCGACCUCCGAUUCGUCAUUACCGAUACCAUCGCGAGCACUUACAUGUGAAUGUUAUUUUUGACUUAAUUGAGAAGUGUCACUGUCACUGUCAGAGUAAGAAUUUUCUUUACCAAUCUGAAGAUACAUUUUCUUCUUAACAGACGUUAAUUUGCGCUUUAUACUUCUAUCUUUUAAGUGGGGAUAUACUUUUGUGAACAUAUCAGUUAGACUGACGUAAUCUUUUGUGUAUUCUUGAAUGAUGCUCAAGGGAUCAGCAGAACCGGUAAUGUUAGUUAGAAGCAUAUCCAGUUGGUUGUAAUCAAGAACGAAAGAUGGAGAAUGAUUUUCAAUAAACGUUUUUGCGGGUUCUAGUAGCAGUGAUACAGAGUUACUACUACUUUCCGUUGAAACAUUUUUACUUUUCUUGAUUUUUUGCCGAAUUUUAGGCUCACGGAACAACUUACAUUCUGCUGAAGAAGACUCGACUUCAGGUGAAGUUAUAUCAUCAACGGUGCGCUUAUGAGGGUUGGAUUCUUGAGCAAUGUUUGUUAUCGUAGUUGUUGUGUUUGAAUCGUGGGAUGCUAACAUCGGUUCUUCUAAAAGUUGAUGUACAUGUCGGGAAUCUGCAUUGCUGGGAACGUGGGAGAUUAACAUUGCUUCUGAUAGUGCAUGUGUUUGUUGCGAAACUGCAUUAUCUAGACUGGGUAAAGAUUUUUCAUUAUUUGAAUGUUGAUCUUCUAGAACUGUUGAUUCGGAACACUGAGAUGCUUUGUGGCCAGGCUUCUUGCAAUCGUAGCAGAGCAAAUUAUCUUGUGAUAUGAAAAUCCUAUGAAAGGUAUUAUUAAACUUAAGUAGAAAUGAUUCCGGAAGUGUUAAAUUGUGGGGACUGAUGUAUAGUUGUCUCCUAAAGCUGAGAAUAUGGUUAUAUUCAGGUAAGGUGGCACUAAUUUUAAGGAAUAAGCCGGUACUAAACCAAUAUUUUGUAAUUCGUUGAUUAGUAUUUCACGAGGUAUGGAGGGGCAUACGUUGGAGAGGACAAUCCUCUCUGCUGGUGUUGUUAAUUUCCUAGCUCGAACAAUUUCGCCUUGAAUUUCAAUGUAUCCUCUGUUGGUCAUGAAAUCUUCUACCAGUUGUUUUCUAGAUAGGUACAUACAGAUGUGAUUGUUAGACAGUCGAGAGCAGAAUAUAAUAUUUUUGGGUUGGAUUAUAUUUCCCAAGGGGAUAGGUAUUCUUGGAGUUUGGUAUUGUCUAGUGCAUUAAAAAUGAUUGCGUUCUCUUUAGAGGGAAACUGAACUUUUGAAGUUGCUAAAGAAUAUGUUUGUGAGACAUUUUGUUUAUAUUGGAUAUUGGAUUUCAUUGUGGUAACAUUAUUUUCCAUUGUUAAUUAAUUUCAUUAGACACUAUUUGUCAAUAAAAAGGAUCCGACCCUGACCACCUGCAAAAACAGGUAUAUUAUAUGGGUAUGUAUCAAGACAAGUGUAAUUAACGUGAAACCACUGAUAACGAGAAAUUGUUUAUAAUAGAAAUAACAAACUGUCCCAAUAUAUUAAAUUCAUAACGUUUUUACAAAGAAGUUAAUUAAAUCUUGUACACUUACAGCUAUCGACUAUAAUUAGGCACAAAUUCACAAUUUAUAACUUUUUUUACCGCUUAAAAAUAACAAUUUUACGGAGCUGUGUUAGGAACAACAUUACUUAUCUCCAUGCAGGGCCGAUCUCCCCAAAUAAUAUAGUUGUUAGGCAUGUAAAUUGUCAUUGUAUACCGGGUGUACCAAUCAAACUGUGAUUUUUUCUCAAAGUUCACCACACCCUGUAGAAUUUACAAAAUACUGAAAUUAAAACACAACAAUAUCCUCAGGUUUUCUUAACAUUCUGUUUUUUGAUUCAUUCGCUUAUAUUGGAUAAUAAAAAUUUUAGUUACUUAACAACUAGCCAUGUUCUUCAUUAAUACAGGGUGUUCCAAAAUAAGUGCGACAAACUUUAAGGGGUAAUUCUGCAUGAAACAAUAAUGACCGUUUGCUUUAUAAACAUAUGUCCGCAAAUGCUUCGUUUCCAAGAUACGGGAUAUUGAAUUUUUUCCUACAAACUGACGAUUUAUUUAUUGCUCUAAAACCGGUUGAGAAAUGCAAAUGAAAUUUGGUAAUUGUUAAAGUAGCUAACUUUUUAUUUGCCAACACAAGCGAAUGUAUUAAAAAUUAAAAGGUUAGAAAACCUGAGGCUUUAUUUGGGUUUUAAUUUCAGUAUUUUAUAAAAAUCCACAAGGAAGAAUUUCCUGUAGUUGGCUGUAUACCAUUAAUUACAAAAAAAAUUUGACGAAAUUUUUUUUAUAAAAGGUAUAUUUAUUUAAAAAACCCUAAAAAGGGCUAAAAAUAUAAGAGAACGUUUUCGAUCUCUAAAAAGAAAUCUAUUUUAUAGAUCUAUUUUAUAAAUGCUAGAAUAAUAAACAGGGUGUGGUAAACUUUUAGAAAAAACACAGUUUGAUUGAUACACCCGGUAUUCAAUGACAAUUUACCUGUCUACCAACAAUAUUAUUACAUCGGAAUUUUUAAAGGAUAAGGCUAUAACAUAUUAAAAAAAUCACUUAAAUCGGACAACAGGUUUAGGAAAUUCGAGACAUCAAAAAUGACUAAUUUUGUGGGUGGUCCAUUUUCUCUGACGCACAGUGUAUUAAGAAAUUAUAAUAAUUUCCAAAUAAAUUCAAUGAAUUUCAAAUGGACUGCUAUCGGAAUUAGCAUAGACAAUUUAAGUUAUCUACAAUUAGGAGCUCAACAAGACUUGACGGCGUGACCUCAAUAAUAGUGUGGUAUAAAUACCAGAUAGCAAUGUACGCAACACAGUUUUAUUAAAAAUGUACACAAGAAUUAAAAAGAUAGACUGAUGUAAACUUUUUGCCAAUAUUUUUGGAAUCUUAGUAGGUUGUGUUGCUGUCUGGAAUACCAGCACUUAAUGGAAGAGAUGAUCUAAAUGUCCAAAAACGGACAAUGUCCAGAAUAAUUUUCGGUGAAGAUAGCUACAUUUGAUGACCACAUAACGAAAUAUUUGCGCUUGACAGUGUUGCCAUGUCCUUAGAAUGCAUGUGUAUAUUCAAAUAUUAUGUUCUCCAUAUUUAACAAAUAAAUUAAUACAAUAUUAGGUCUGGAUCCCGCGUAUGAAAAAAAAGUUGAUUAAUAGCAAGCUGAAAAUUUGUUAAUAGCUUAAGGGUGUCUAGUCGGAUAAACUUUGAUAUAUGGGAACACUGGAACAGGGGCAGUUUUAAUUGUGGAACAGCUUAAAAGUUUGGAACGGUCAGACCACGAAAACGGCACAUUUAUUUUGUCCGACAGAAUAGACUUAAACUCUACGAACAGAGAUUAAACUCUCAUGCAAAAAUCAGACUGCUAUUUAUCACCUGUCAUAAUUCCUGUCAUUUGACAUAUUCUACAUGUUCCACUCAUUAAAACGCCCAUUUGGUGAUAAAUAGCAGUCUGAUUUUUGCAUGAGAGUUUAAUCUCUGUUCGGAGAGUUUAAGGCUGUUCUGUCGGACAAAAUAAAUGUGCCGUUUUCGUGGUUUGACCGUUCCAAAUUUUUAACCUGUUCCACAAUUAAAACUUCCCCUGUUCCAGUGUUCCCAUAUAUCCAAGUUUGUCCGACUAGACACCCUUAAGCUAUUAACAAAUUUUCAGCUUGCUAUUAAUCAACUUUUUUUCAUACGCGGGAUCCAGACCUAUAUAUCACAUGAUCUUUCCCGAUUUAUUCUACGGGCAUGGCAAUACUGUCAAACAGCAAAUUUCGUUAUGUCAUUCAUCAUUUUUUGCAGUUGUCUUCACCGGAACGUAUUCUGGACAUUGUCCAAAAAACUAUAAAAUGCAAAACGAAUAUGCUUUGCUGUGAGUGUAUUUUUGAAAUCUAUGUAUUUCCUUUUUUUAUGAAGUACCAAUUCCUGAUCAUGACUGACCUGUCAUUGUUUAAAUAAUUUCUAGAUACAUCGUUUACUAUUGUGGGAUUCUAAAAUAUUUUUAUAUAAUACCUGAUACCUCUUUGUAGUACGACAAAAAUCUAUAUUUUUACCGUUUACUAAAUACAAAAAAGUGUAAAACAAACAAUCGUAGUUGCCCGUAGAAACCAAUAUACUUUUUAUUUUUAUAAAUUUUUACAAUAAAUAUUUUUAUGUAUAAAAUUUAUAUAUUGCGUUUUUGUCCUCUUUUGUUCUCCACAGUUGGCUUCAGAUGUUAUCUCAAUAAGGUUUUUAUGAAUGAAUUAUUUCAAUUAUUUCUAAAUGUUAUUAAUUUAAUUUUUUUAUUAAUUUUUUUAACUACCUGGACAAAAAAAUCUUUAUCCAACUUUUAAAAAUAUUUCUCAAGAAAUUAUAUGGCUCAAUGUAGAGCCAUAUAAAAAACAUUUUGAGUAGUCUGUGUAUUUUUUAUAUAAUAAUUUUAUUUCUUUAGUCCAUUAUAUGCCAGCGUCCUAUUUAUAGAUCACUGAAAAUUUUAUUUUUUUGUCAACCCUUAAAAUUUGUUUAAAUAUAAGGACCCAUCAGCCUACUCCCAAUCGUUAGCAAAGUUUUUGAAAGAUUGGUGCUACAAAGAAUAUACGCAGAUCAUGAAUUCCUAACAUUACUACUAGAACAUCAGUUUGGUUUUCGGGAAAAUCACUCUACUACACAAGUCCAUCGAAUAGUAAAUGAAAUAUCAAAAACUCUCGAAGAAAAGAAAUACUGCAACGCUGUAUUCCUAGAUAUCUCACAAGCGUUUGACAAAGUUUGGCACAGAGGUCUGCUUUACAAAGUAAAAUUAGCACUAUCUAGUAACUAUUUCCUCCUAAUCAAAUCCUACUUAUCAAAUAGAUAUUUCUCAGUAAAAUUCAAAGAACAACAAUCCAGCCUCUGUCCUAUUAACUCCGGAGUACCGCAAGGUAGUGUUCUCGGGCCGCUGCGUUUCUCACUCUACACAGCCGAUAUACCAGAGUCUCAUAAUACUACGAUCGCUUCCUUUGCUGAUGACGUAGCAAUACUAGCAGUAAAUGAAGAUCACAUACAAGCCUCACAAGACCUGCGACACCAUCUGGACAUACUCAGUGAAUGGUAUACAAAAUGGCGAACAAAAGUAAAUAAAACAAAAUCAUCUCAAAUAACGUUUACAAACCGCCACAACACAUGCCCACCUGUAAGAAUGGAAAAUGUACGAAUACCAACAGUAACAGACGCUAAAUACCUUGGCCUCCAUCUUGACCAACGUCUUACUUGGAAAAAACAUAUACAGACUAAAAGAAGACAAUUAGACUUGAAAUUUCGGCAAAUGUACUCCUUCGGCUCCUUGGACGCAGAUCAAAUCUCAACAUCCAAAACAAAAUUCUUCUGUACAAAGCAAUACUCAAACGUAUUUGGUACUACGGACUACACCUCUGGGGCUGUGCAAAGUCAACAUCACUGAAUAUCAUCCAAUUUGGUACUACGGACUACACCUCUGGGGCUGUGCAAAGUCAACAUCACCGAAUAUCAUCCAAAGAUUUCAGUCUAAAGUUCUAAGAUCAAUAGUGGAUGCACCAUGGUAUGUAACUAAUCAAACACUUCACGAAGACUUGAAUAUACCUUUCAUCAGAGAAGAAAUCCAUCGAGCCUCGGAAUCACAAAACGAGCGUACCAUUCACCAUGACAAUGAGUUAGUAAGGGAAUUAUUCCAUAAUGGCCCUGCCACAAGGAGACUAGAUCGAACCUGGCCUCAGGACCUAUUUUAAAACUUAAACAUAAAUAGAAUAAGAUGAGACAUCAUUGGAAGUCUCUUCUUCAUGCCCAAAAACAUGGAACAAAUUUACUUAAUACUCUUUUAAUGAUGUAGAUUGUAAAUAAACAUAAUUACAUGGAAAAAUUUUUCAUAGCUAUAUUAGGCUGUAGUAUUAAAAUAAUAUUUUUAAAAUUGAAUAAAGGAAUUUUAUUAUUUAUGUAUUCGUUAGAUUUUACAAAAAUCUUAUAUGACGGUCCUGUCAACUAUCUGCUUUAUUCAGACAGCAUAAAAAAUAUUAUUUGAUAUUAAGUUUAAUUAUUAUAUGAAAUAAAUAAGAUGUUCAAAAAUAAAAUUUGAGUAUAGUUGAAAGGAAAUAUUAACAACUAACGUUAAAAAGGUUGGUAGAAAUAUAUUGCUUUUCGAUUUUUUACUAUUUUAUCAGUAGGUACUUAAUUAAAUCUUUCGCAAAAUUGACAAAAAUAUGGGUUACUUUAUUAAGAAAAACAAUUUAAAACAUUAUGUUACUUUAUAUUUACUUGGUUUACAUGCAAGACUUUUAUUAUUUUAAAAAUAUAAUUUUUAAUUCUUUUGAAACUUUGUUGAUACUAAAAUUUAAAAAAAAAAUUGGGUGAAGUGACUAUAGAUGGCAAUUGAUUUGAUAACUUCGUAUCUAAAACUACUAGUUUAAUAAUGAAAGUUAUAUCGGCCCUUUUUUGUCGUUUAUUGGAUUAUUCUUGUUGAGUUGACUUUUAACCGUUAAAAUGAUCUUUUAAGGCUUAAGGUAUAUUAUUUUAUUAAAUUUUAAUCUAAUAAAUGAAGUCUGACCACUGUGGAGAAAAUAUAGAGGAACCUGUGAUAUCUAAUCAGCAGCUCCUUUUAAAAACCUUUUACUUGAUCAUGAAUUGGGUGUUGCUUUUGUAAGCAAAAAACAAGUGUGGCUUAUCACAUCAGACUAUUUUUAUAGGUUGUAUGUAAUUUAUUAGGCCAAAAGGCGCAUUUUGUUCGUUGGACACUAAUAUUUUUGAAAUAAAUAUUGUCAAAUCAAACUGAAAUUUAGAUUUAAUGUCGAUGUAAGGAAUUGUAAUUUACAUGACCUUGAUUUGGUUGUGAUAAAAUUCUACCUCUUCGCCUUAGCCAAAGUCCCAAACCAAACACCUAGAAUAACUUAAUGUAGAUAGAAGUGGACAGAGACAGAUAUAACAAGCUAAAAAUGCUAGAUUAUCAUAACGAAAACUUUGUUUAUUUACGUAUUUAAAUUCAUAAUAUGGAAAAUUGCUGUUAUAAAAAGUUGUUUAGAAUUGAAAACUACUCUUGUACUAAGUACUUUACUUUUGAGCGAAAUUCAUAUUUUUUGACGUUCCUCGUAUAAAAUUGAUUUAUGAUGGUUGCAUCUUAGAUUUUGGAUCAGAGCUUUUUAUGAAGAAUAACUUUUCUUCGUAAAAUUAAUAAUAAAAGAGUUAUCAUAAAUGAAAAUGAUGUUGGGUAUCCGUAAUUUGAGAAAAUAUUUUUUACUUCUGAGCGAAAUUCAUAUUUUUGACAUAUAUUAUAUUAUUUCGUAUAAUAUAGAUAAAAUUUGAUAUCUGAUGAUCGAAUCUUAUAAUAUAAUAUAUAAUACAUAAUAAUAUUAUAAUAUAAUACUUAUCAUUGGGUAGACAGCUCAAAUACAAAAAGAUAGUAAGCUAUCCUAGUAAGGUUUUCCUCAGAAAAUACAUAUGUUGCGAUCUGUAAACCAAACUGAAAUAAUCAGAUGACUAGCGUCAUAUUCCAACUAAAGAAAUACUCUAGGUGUCAUAUCGACAUCUGCUAGAAAAAUUUCAAGUUUUCAACUUAUUAAAAUAUAAAAUAAAAUAAAAUUAAAAACUUUAUUGGGACCAUUUUUUGGUUACACCUCCGUGGCUUCUAAAAAUGCAAACCAAUCGGAUGCUGGAGCAAGGAAUAUGAGGGAAUUCUAUGAUUUGCGAUUCACGUCUCAUCUGCCCAGCGCGGAAAAAUGCCAACGAAACUGGAAAAAAAAUUAAUCUAAAUAAAUUUAAAUAAAUCUAAAAUUUAUUUAUUCGACAUUUCGAUCUGGCGUUUAUUUGUGUCAGCCGAAACAAAGACUUACAUCUCCGGACAGCAAUUUAGGGUCUUGAUCACAAGCGUUUAUAGCCGAAGUCACGCGUUAGUUUGGCAUACAUAUGACAUUUUCAUUUGCAUUUUUGCUGUCCCGAGAUUGAAGAUAAUUCGAGAUAUCGAAAUGCCGUUUUCAGAUUUGGAUUCAGGAUGCAAAAUCACAUGGCGAUCCAUCGGUAGAUCGGCUCCAAGUAUUUACAGCAGCGGUAACGCACAAACGAAGAGACUUUGCGAAUUUAUAAACAAAAACAAAAUUUUCGUUGAAAAGAUCGAACCGGUCGAAUUAGUCAGCUGCCUGUUUUAAUCGCACAAGAUUUUUAUACUAGAAGACAGAAUGAACAAAAAGCCUUGCUCCGUGUGACAACGUAAUACUAUAGGUCAAUUUACGGAUUUUUGUCCGAUGAGUGAAAUAAUACUCAAGGCACAUUUAGAGUUACACCUCUGUCCGAUACAUUUAACCCUUUGACUGCGGGAACCGCAAUUUGCGUAAUUUCAGUAGCGCACGAGAUGUGCGGGAAACGCAUAUAUGCAACAGGGCUAACUCCUUCGCUGCGGUUAGCGAUUAUUUGCGUAUAGACAAAAUAUAACGUAAACAAAAUAUAAAAUAUAUAAUGUCAUCAGAUGGUUUCUGAAUGAAUGGGCGUGAACCGCCCACCUAAAGUGCCUCGAGCGGGAUGAGGUUCACGCAGUCAAAGGGUUAAGUUAGAAUUUUAAACGUGGACUUAUGUUUUUAAUUCAGCACCUAGGUAGCUGCAUCUUAUUUCACCGGUAAAUAGAAAAUAUUCAAUAAGGAAGUCUUUACUUAAUUCACAUUCCUAGUAGCCGUCAUGUGCGGAUAGUUUUUAAAUGAAUUCAGUUUAAAUUAAAUAGCGGUAUUGUCUGUUUCAAGAAAAUGAAAUAAGUGUUAUGUAAUGGAAAACUGGGAAUAGAAAUUAGAACUAGAGUAUCGAGAUGUUACGUAUUCUCUGUCAUUUUAUAUGGAGUUGAAGCCUGGACAAUUGCGGACGCAACUGAAAAAAGACUUUUCAGCUUAAGAUGUGGUGCUGUCGAAGAAUAUGGAAAAUAUCAUGAAUACAAAACGUAACAACCACGGAAACAUUAAAAAAGAUGAAAAAUUUAUUGGCAGUUUCAUUUUACUUCAGUGGUUUUCAAUAUAAGUUGAUUCUUUCACGGUAAAAUAUUGUAAAAUCUCAGAAUUUUACAAGGAACCGCACCAAUUUUAAUGAAAUUAUACAAGUAACCUUAACUUAUCCGUCCUGUUCAAAAGUUAUAUGAUUGAAAAUGUAUGGUUUUUGUUUUUAAGGGGUGAAAACUACCCUUUUUUUACCAAACAUUGAAAACUGCAGAUUUAUGCGAUAUUUAAAUUGUUUAAGUAGUUAUGUUAAAUAAAGGUUUGUUUAUCAUGUGGUAGUGCAUUUUAUAAUAUGUAUAUAAUUAUUUUUCAACCCUUAAAAACUACCCUUUGAGACAAAAUAUACAAAGAAUCUUGCAUUUUAUAGUGAAUUGAAAUCAAUUUGAUAUCCAUAGUUUUAUUUUGCAACUAUGUAUAAUAUUUUCAAGUCUUAUAAACGACACUGAAAUUUAUAUAAACAUUUUUUCGAUGCUUCAAACUUUUAAAUGAUAUAUUUAUGGUAGAACUUGGGGGAAGAGAUAAAAAUAAGAUUGAAAUAGGAACAAGAAUAAUUGAUAUACGAAGAUAAAAAUGUGCCAGUAUAUAGUAAAGGGGGUGGUAAAGAUGACGCCUAAGUGAAAUUAAUAACAAAAAGAUAAAAAAAACAAAUAAUAAAAAACUCAAUCCGCUCUGCUGUUAAACCGAAAAUAUAUCUUUGGGUGUAUUGUUAAGACUUCUACUAAUCAACCAAAAGUCUCAUGUAACUUACAAUUUCAAUAUUUCUUGGGUGUUAAUUGUGUAAAGUUUGAAAUUCAUUGUGAUUAUAUGUAUGCACUAAAUGGUACUAUAUGUGUCAAUAUUGUUUUCUUUUUUUAUUUAUUGUUUUAUUUGACUGGAAUAAAUAUGUGGAGAAAAUAAA